GAUACAUUUUACUUUUCUAUUUGCCUCAGGAAUUGGAUGAAGUAAUUGAUCACUAAUGAACUACAGUGCUGGUGAGAUGUGUAAGAAAUUAUAAAGAGCUCUGAUGGGCUAUUUAGGUGAUACCCAGUGCAGUGAACUGCAGGAUUUUUGUCCCUGAGUCAUGGAAGACAGAAGAGCUGAAAAGUCAUGUGAACAAGCAUGUGAAUCACUUAAGAGGCAGGACUAUGAAAUGGCCCUCAAGCACUGCACAGAGGCGCUUCUUUCUCUCGGCCAGUGCUCCAUGGCAGACUUCACAGGGCCAUGUCCAUCGGAGAUCGAGCGCAUCAAAAUCGAGAGUCUUCUUUACAGAAUUGCCUCAUUUUUGCAACUGAAAAACUAUGGGCAAGCUGAUGAAGAUUGUAGGCAUGUGCUGGGAGAAGGACUGGCCAAGGGAGACAGUGCCUUUCGGGCAGUGCUUUGCUGCAUGCAGCUGAAAGGAAAGCUCCAGCCUGUGUCUACCAUUCUUGCCAAAUCACUGACAGGAGAGUCUCUGAAUGGGAUGGUAACAAAAGAUUUGACAAGACUAAAAACACUUCUCACAGAAACAGAGACAGCAACUAGUAACGUCCUCUCUGGAUAUCACAUGGAAGACUUAGAUGACGGGUCUUGUAAUGGUUGGCAUUUCCGCCCACCACCUAGGGGAAUCACAAGCAGCGAGGAAUAUACUUUGUGUAAAAGAUUUUUAGAGCAAGGAAUCUGUAGGUAUGGUGCCCAGUGUACUUCAGCACAUUCCCAGGAAGAACUAGCAGAAUGGCAGAAAAGAUAUGCUUCACGAUUGAUAAAAUUGAAACAGCAAAACGAGAAUAAACAGCUCUCAGGCAGUUACAUGGAAACCCUGAUAGAAAAAUGGAUGAAUUCGUUAUCUCCUGAGAAAGUGCUUAGUGAAUGUAUAGAAGGAGUAAAAGUAGAGCAUAACCCUGACCUGUCGGUUACUGUCAACACCAAAAAAUCUCACCAGACUUGGACUUUUGCUCUCACUUGUAAGCCUGCAAGAAUGCUGUAUCGUGUAGCAUUGCUUUAUGAUGCUCAUCGUCCUCAUUUUAGUAUCAUUGCAAUAUCUGCCGGAGAUAGUACUACCCAGGUAUCACAAGAAGUCCCAGAAAACUGUCAAGAAUGGAUAGGAGGAAAGAUGGCCCAAAAUGGAUUAGAUCAUUACGUGUAUAAAGUCGGGAUAGCAUUUAACACAGAAAUAUUUGGAACUUUUCGCCAAACCAUAGUUUUCGACUUUGGAUUGGAACCAGUACUCAUGCAAAGAGUAAUGAUUGAUGCAGCUUCUACAGAAGAUCUUGAAUACCUGAUGCAUGCAAAACAACAGCUAGUAACCACAGCUAAGCGUUGGGAUUCUUCUUCUAAGACUAUUAUAGAUUUUGAACCUAAUGAAACUACUGACUUGGAAAAGAGCCUUCUUAUCAGAUACCAAAUUCCUCUCUCUGCUGACCAGCUAUUUACCCAGUCCGUUUUAGACAAAUCAUUGACCAAGACCAACUAUCAGUCAAGGUUGCAUGACCUUCUUUAUAUUGAGGAGAUAGCCCAGUAUAAAGAAGUCAGCAAGUUCAACCUUAAAGUGCAAUUGCAGAUUCUAGCAAGCUUCAUGCUCACUGGAGUUGCUGGAGGUGCAAAGUAUGCUCAGAAUGGACAGCUUUUUGGUCGCUUUAAGCUUACUGAAACACUUUCUGAAGAUACUUUGGCUGGUCGACUGGUGAUGACCAAAGUCAAUGCUGUUUAUUUAUUACCAGUCCCUAAAGAGAAGUUAGUACAGACCCAGGGAACCAAAGAAAAGGUUUAUGAAGCUACUAUUGAAGAAAAAACAAAAGAAUAUAUAUUUUUAAGGAUAUCCAGGGAAUGCUGUGAAGAACUUAAUCUUCGGCCUGAUUGUGACGCACAGGUUGAACUUCAGUUUCAAUUAAAUCGAUUACCCCUCUGUGAAAUGCAUUAUGCGCUAGACAGGAUCAAGGACAAUGGGGUUUUGUUUCCAGACAUCAGUAUGACACCCACCAUUCCUUGGAGUCCCAACAGACAAUGGGAUGAGCAGUUGGAUCCUCGCCUAAAUGCAAAGCAGAAAGAGGCUGUUUUGGCCAUUACCACUCCACUUUCAAUCCAGCUGCCGCCUGUUCUCAUCAUCGGACCCUAUGGGACAGGCAAAACAUUCACUCUAGCUCAGGCCGUCAAACAUAUACUGCAGCAACAGGAGUCUAGGAUUCUCAUUUGCACCCAUUCUAAUAGUGCUGCUGAUCUCUACAUAAAGGAUUAUUUACAUCCCUAUGUAGAAGCAGGCAAUCCCCAGGCAAGACCUCUCAGGGUAUAUUUCAGAAAUCGCUGGGUAAAGACUGUCCACCCAGUAGUGCAUCAGUACUGUUUGAUCUCAAGUGCACAUUCCACCUUUCAGAUGCCACAGAAAGAAGAUAUUCUUAAACAUCGAGUGGUUGUUGUUACAUUGAAUACUUCUCAGUACCUCUGUCAAUUGGACCUUGAACCUGGGUUUUUCACGCACAUUCUGUUAGACGAAGCUGCCCAGGCCAUGGAGUGUGAAACCAUUAUGCCUCUAGCAUUAGCAACUAAAAACACUCGGAUUGUCUUGGCUGGUGAUCACAUGCAGCUCAGUCCUUUUGUUUACAGCGAGUUUGCCAGGGAGAGAAACCUUCACGUUUCAUUACUUGAUCGACUCUAUGAGCAUUACCCUGCCGAGUUCCCAUGUAGGAUCCUCCUAUGUGAGAACUAUCGCUCCCAUGAAGCUAUCAUCAAUUACACAUCUGAGCUUUUCUAUGAGGGCAAACUGAUGGCCAGUGGAAAGCAACCAGCACACAAGGAUUUCUACCCAUUAACUUUCUUUACAGCACGAGGGGAAGAUGUACAAGAAAAAAAUAGCACAGCUUUUUAUAAUAAUGCUGAGGUAUUUGAAGUGGUGGAACGUGUAGAAGAGUUAAGAAGGAAGUGGCCAGUAGCAUGGGGGAAGUUAGAUGAUGGCAGUAUUGGUGUGGUGACUCCUUACGCUGAUCAAGUGUUUAGGAUACGUGCUGAACUUCGAAAAAAGAGAUUAUCUGAUGUUAAUGUGGAAAGGGUGCUAAAUGUUCAAGGAAAGCAAUUCAGAGUUUUGUUUCUUAGCACAGUACGUACAAGACAUACUUGUAAACAUAAACAGACACCAAUUAAAAAGAAAGAGCAACUUCUGGAAGAUUCCACAGAGGACUUAGAUUAUGGUUUUUUGUCUAACUACAAGCUUCUCAAUACUGCCAUCACACGAGCACAAUCCCUGGUUGCUGUGGUGGGUGAUCCUAUUGCUCUGUGCUCUAUUGGAAGAUGCAGGAAAUUUUGGGAACGAUUUAUUGCCCUGUGUCAUGAAAAUAAUAGCCUACAUGGAAUCAGUUUUGAACAGAUCAAGGCUCAGUUAGAGGCUUUAGAACUAAAGAAGACAUAUGUGUUGAAUCCACUGGCACCUGAAUUUAUCCCCCGGGCUCUAAGACUGCAGCAUUCAGGAAAUCCCAACAAACAGCAGCAGUCACCACCCAAGGGGAAAAGCCUCCAUCAUAGCCAGAAUGAUCAUUUCCAGAAUGAUGGAAUUGUUCAGCCCAAUCCUUCCGUACUUAUUGGCAAUCCUAUUAGAGCAUAUACUCCUCCACCCCCUCUUGGACCUCAUCCAAAUUUGGGAAAAUCUCCAAGUCCUGUUCAAAGAAUAGAUCCUCACACUGGGACAAGUAUUCUUUAUGUACCUGCUGUCUAUGGAGGGAAUGUAGUUAUGUCGGUGCCUUUACCUGUACCGUGGACAGGAUACCAGGGUAGGUUUGCAGUUGAUCCUCGAAUUAUUACACAUCAGGCAGCAAUGGCCUAUAAUAUGAACCUAUUACAGACACAUGGACGGGGAUCUCCUAUACCUUAUGGCCUUGGACAUCACCCACCUGUCAGUAUAGGGCAGCCACAAAAUCAGCAUCAGGAGAAGGAUCAACAUGAGCAAAAUCGAAAUGGUAAAAGUGAUUCAAAUAAUCCUGGACCUGAAAUUAAUAAGAUUCGAACACCAGAGAAAAAGCCUACAGAACCAAAACAGGUUGAUUUGGAGUCAAAUCCACAGAACCGAAGUCCUGAAUCACGUCCUGGUGUUAUUUAUCCCAAUACCAAAUUUCCUCGCAAAGAUAAUCUCAAUCCAAGACACGUGAACCUUCCUCUUCCUGCUCCCCAUGCACAGUAUGCAAUCCCUAAUCGCCAUUUUCAUCCACUACCCCAGCUACCAAGACCACCGUUUCCCAUUCCACAGCAGCAUACCUUGUUAAAUCAGCAGCAGAGUAAUCUGCCUGAACAACCAAAUCAAAUGCCAUCCCAGCCAAAUCAGGUAGUCCAGCAGCAAAAUCAGUUGCAUCAGCAGACUCAGCAGCCACCUCCUCAGCUCUCUCCUGCAUAUCAGGCAGGACCCAACAGUGCUUUUUUUAAUAAUGCAGUUUCGCAUCGACCACAGUCUCCCCCUGCAGAGGCUGUGAUUCCUGAGCAGCAGCCCCCUCCCAUGCUGCAAGAAGGCCACAGCCCUCUGAGAGCCGUUGCACAGCCCGGCCCCAUUCUUCCUUCGCAUCUGAGUAACUUCCUUGAGGAGAACCCCCCAGGAAUAUCUAUAGGGGAGGCUGUAGAUCGUAUACAUGGGAGUGUAGCUCUGGAAACGUUAAGGCAGCAGCAAGCACGGUUACAGCAGUGGAAUGAGCAUCAUGCCUAUCUGAGUCAGGGCAGUAUUCCAUACCCUCACCAUCACCAUCCUCACCUCCAGCAUCUUCCUCAGCCGCCCAUUGGGUUACAUCAGCCGCCAGUGAGGGCAGACUGGAAGCUCACCAGCAGUGCCGAAGAGGAAGCAGAAACAACAUACUCAAGGUUUCAAGAUUUAAUCAGAGAACUGUCUCAUCGUGAUCAAAGUGAAACACGGGAACUUGCUGAAAUGCCACCACCUCAAUCAAGACUUUUGCAAUAUAGACAAAUUCAGACUAGGAGCCCACCAGCAGUCCCGUCUCCCCCCUCCAAUACAGACCACAGUAGCAACUUUUCUAACUUUAGUGACAGCAGCAGAGACAUUGAAGUAGCCAACAGCCCAGCAUUUCCACAGCGCCUCCCGCCCCAGAUCUUCAGCUCACCUUUCUCGUUGCCAUCUGAGCACCUUGCCCCUCCUCCCUUGAAAUACCUGGCACCUGAUGGAGCAUGGACUUUUGCUAACUUGCAACAGAAUCACCUAAUGGGGCCCGGUUUUCCCUAUGGCCUACCUCCAUUGCCUCACAGACCACCACAGAACCCUUUUGUACAAAUACAAAAUCACCAACAUGCUAUUGGUCAAGAGCCAUUUCAUCCGUUGUCAUCCCGAACAGUGUCUUCUUCUUCGCUCCCUAGCCUAGAAGAGUAUGAACCCAGAGGACCUGGUCGGCCCUUGUACCAAAGAAGAAUCUCAUCUAGCUCAGUCCAGCCUUGUUCUGAAGAAGUAAGAACUCCACAAGAUAGUCUGGCUCAGUGUAAGGAGCUUCAGGACCACGGUAACCAAUCUUCUUUCAACUUUUCAUCCCCGGAGUCCUGGGUAAACACCACCUCAUCUACCCCCUAUCAGAACAUUCCAUGCAAUGGAUCCAGCAGGACAGCUCAGCCCAGAGAGUUAAUAGCUCCACCCAAGACUGUCAAACCCCCUGAGGAUCAACUGAAGUCUGAAAACCUUGAAGUGUCCAGUUCCUUCAACUAUAAUGUGCUGCAGCAUCUCGGCCAGUUUCCACCCCUCAUGCCCAACAAGCAGAUCGCGGAGUCGGCCAACAGCAGUAGCCAGCAGAGUUCUGGGGGGAGCAGGCCCGCCAUGUCUUAUGCCAGCGCUCUGCGGGCCCCUCCCAAGCCCAGGCCCCCACCUGAACAGGCCAAGAAGAGUAGCGACCCUCUGUCUCUGUUCCAGGAACUUAGCCUGGGGAGCUCGUCGGGCAGCAAUGGCUUUUAUUCUUAUUUUAAAUAAUCACUUUUUUUCCCUCAAGGGAGAAUGUUUUAAUUUCUGUUUGUACCAAUAGAAUUAAGGUAGUUGGACUUCAUCUAUAGAUGCACAGUUCCUUUGUUUUAAUAUUAAAUAUGUUCUCACUUAAUUGCUUUGCUGCUAGACUUGCAACUAAUUUUUUAAAAGUAUAUUCCAUUAUUUUGCAUUUUUGAUGUGUCAGAAUUUUGACAGCUUUUAUGUAGAAUAAAAAUAUUUUUAAAUUUGUGUAUUGUUACAUAUGUUUGCAUCAAGCUAGCAGCUAAGAGGUUAAUUGUGCAACUAUAAAAAAAGAAAAAAAGUUUGUCUAAAAUGUAUUUAAAAAGAAAAAAAAAAUUGUAAGUAGCAUUUACAUUUAUUCAAUAAUAUUACCAUAUGCUGGGUUUCUGUACCAGAAAUGGCCAGUUGAUGUACAAAUGUAUGUUAUUUUUGCUUAAAUUCAUUUAAAAUUUUUUAAAAUAAAGGAGCAGCAUCUUCUAAAUACUUUAAGUUUAUCAGCUUUUUUUUUUUGUGACAGGAUGCUGCAUUCUAAAACUUUUAUAGUUUUAGACUACGUAUUUUGUGCUGUUGUAAUCUCCAUCCACCGUAGGAUAGAGUUAAAGGCAUUCUUUGCAGGUGUAUUUUGUAUGUCACUGUUUUUUGAAAUGUGAAAAAACAUUGGCAUACUUAGUUAUUUUUUAGACAAGCUACACUUGAAGCUUGUUUUUAAUGUUAAUUUGAUAGUGUGUUUUUUUUAAACAAAUCAUGAAGCUGAAAAAUUUUUAGGAUUGUUGGUGCUUUGUAGACUUGAUAACUAUUUUAAAAAUGCGUGAAUUUAGUAAAAUCUUUUUUUUUUUUUUUUCUCACUAUGCAUGUGUAAAUGUUUGUAACCUGGCAUUUUCCCUUUUUCCAGUGGUAUAAAGAAUUGUGCCGCUUUAAGGUUUGGUUUUUUUUUUUUCCCCCCUCCAGUAAAAAUUUUGGUACCUUAUUUGAUGUUUACAUUAAAAUGUGACAUUAUAUAUGGCAAUUCAAAUAUUUUGCUAGCUGUCUUGUUUGAGGAACAUCAUUAAAGAAGAAAUACAAUGUUUGUCAAAAA